AUGCAGCAGCAGCCCUUAAGGGGACUGACUACACGCAUUGUGUAUGCUUCACAAUUAGGCAGCUCCACUCUUGGCUCACUCUCUUCUCAGCUGAAGGGAGUCGAGUUUCAGAGCCUCAGGGCUCUGGGCUGGCUGGCUCACGUCCUGGGGAUCCGCUUGGUUGUGGUGGAGAGGCACCUAUGGCUCAACGUCUCAGGUAUGGGGGAUAACGAUAAAGCCUUACUGCUGGACACCUCUGUUGAACCUUCCGGCCUGUUUGGGGGCGUGGUUAACAGCAUUGUCGACAGGUUUCGAUUCGCCAACAACUCCCCCCUGCAGUCUCUCUCUGACACUCAGGUGAAGAAGGAGCUAAAGAAGAUCCAGGCAAGAAAGGCCCCGGGCCUGGAUGGAAUCAGCCCCAGACUGCUUAAAGACUGUGCAGAUCAGCUCAUAUCAGAGGAGAACGAUCAGGAAUUCCGGGAGGUCAUCGCUGACUUUGUCAACUGGUGUGAAUUAAACCACCAUUGCCUCAAUGCCAGCAAGACAAAGGAGAUGGUAGUCAAGCUCUGUAGGAGGCCAACCCGGUCUACGCCGGUGAGCAUACAGGGUAUUGACUUCGAGAGGGUGGAGACAUAUAAAUUCCUGGGUGUUCACCUCAACAAUAAACUGGACUGGUCCACAAACACAGAUGUCCUGUACAAAAAGGGCCAAAGUCAUCUCCACCUGCUGAGGAGACUGAGUCUUGAUUUCAGAGCCUUUCAGUAUUCACAAUCCUUAAUCUUUGCAAUAGAAGAGAUCAACAACAGUUCCUCUUUACUUCCUGGGAUAUCAUUGGGUUACAAGAUCUAUGACACUUGCAGUUCAGCUUCAUUGGGGGUUAAAGUAGCCAUGGCACUUGUUAAUGGAAAUGAGAACUCAGUCUUGGAUGAACACUGCACAAAGCCAGCCCAGGUGCAAGCCAUAAUUGGCGAGACAUAUUCUUCAGUGUCCAUGGCUAUUGCAAAGAGUAUAGGACCUUUCAGCAUUCCCUUAAUCAGUCAUUACUCUACCUGCGAGUGUCUCAGUGACAAAAGGAAAUAUCCCUCAUUUCUACGCACUAUUCCCAGCGAUUAUCACCAGACUAGAGCUUUGGCCGAGAUGGUGAAGCACUUUGGAUGGACCUGGGUGGGAGCAAUAAGAAGAGAUGAUGAUUAUGGUAACAGCGGGAUGGCUGCAUUUACUGAAGCUGCAAAGCAGUUAGGCAUCUGCUUAGAAUAUUCCCUUCCAUAUUUUAGAACUUACUCAGAUGAAAAAGUGCUGAAUAUCAUUGCGCAAAUCAAAAGCUCAACUUCUCGAGUGAUAGUUGCAUUUCUUGCUCACUGGGACUUGGAAAUCUUACUCCAUGUGUUUUUUGAACACAACAUCACUGGAUACCAGUGGGUGGGAACUGAGGGCUGGAUCUCUGAUUCAGAACUAGCUGCAAAAGAUAAACACCAUAUACUGCAAGGAGCCAUAGGAUUAGCUAUCCCGAAAACAACAGUGACUGGUCUAAAGGACUUCAUUCUAGAUAUCAAACCACUAAAAUCUGUUGGCAGUGAGAUUUUUACUAAAUUCUGGGAAGAAUUGUUCAAGUGUAAAUAUGCAAUGCAAAAUGAUUCAGUAGACUCUCCGUUGUGUACGGGUGAUGAGAAACUCUCUGAGAUGGAAAACACCUUCACUGACAUGUCCCUGAUGCCUAUUUUCAGUAAUGUGUAUAAAGCAGUAUAUGCCAUUGCCCAUACACUACAUGAACUUCUUGGCUGCAAACAAACAUGUACUACAAAGAAGCAGCCUGAUCCUUUCACAGUGCCAAUAUCAGUGUGCAGUGGGAGCUGUCCUCCUGGCACAAGGAAAGCUGUGCAGAAAGGAAAACCUAUCUGCUGUUUUGACUGCAUACCAUGUGCUGAAGGAGAGAUCAGUAAUAUCACAGAUUCCAUUGAAUGUCAAGAAUGCUAUCAAGAUUACUGGUCAAAUCCUAGGAGAGAUGAAUGUGUGAAGAAGGAAAUUGAAUAUCUGUCAUAUAAGGAAACUAUGGGAAUUUUGCUAACAGCUGUUUCUAUUACUGGUGUAUUUAUGACAAUGGUAAUAGCAAUCAUAUUCUUUAGACAUAAAAAUACCCCAAUUGUCAAAGCCAACAACUCUGAGCUGAGCUUCCUGCUGCUCUUUUCUCUGACUCUGUGUUUCCUCUGUUCACUUACUUUCAUUGGUCAGCCCUCUGAGUGGUCCUGUAUGCUGCGGCACACAGCGUUUGGGAUCACCUUCGUCAUCUGCAUCUCCUGUGUACUGGGGAAAACUUUAGUGGUGUUAAUGGCUUUCAGGGCUACACUUCCAGGCAGUAAUGUCAUGAAAUGGUUUGGGCCUCCACAGCAGAGACUCAGUGUACUUUUUUUCACUCUCAUACAGGUCCUUAUAUGUGUGCUUUGGUUGACAAUAUCCCCCCCUUUCCCCUUUAGAAACCUAAAGAACUACAAGGAAAAAAUAAUCCUAGAAUGUCAUUUGGGCUCAAACGUGGGUUUCUGGGCUGUGCUGGGUUAUAUAGGUUUUUUGGCUCUGUUAUGUUUUCUUUUGGCUUUUCUGGCUCGGAAGUUGCCUGAUAACUUUAACGAAGCCAAAUUUAUCACAUUUAGUAUGCUGAUCUUCUGUGCAGUCUGGCUCACAUUUAUUCCGGCUUAUGUCAGCUCCCCUGGAAAAUUCACUGUAGCUGUAGAGAUAUUUGCCAUUUUAGCAUCAAGCUUUGGCUUAUUAUUCUGCAUAUUUCUUCCAAAGUGUUACAUAAUAAUACUAAAACCUGAGAAGAAUACUAAAAAGCAACUCAUGGGCAAAGUUAUGUGA